AUGGAGUACUACAACAUGAUCCAGAGCCUGAUAUUCUCUUCAACAAGAUGGUUGUAUUCCCAUUUAUGGUUUUCAGAUAUAGCCAUGGCACUCUUGUUCAUCUUCAUCUUCAACUCCAUUCUUCAAAGACUAACCACAACCGGUCCCAUGACAUGGCCGGUUUUCGGCAUUCUUCCAACCGUAAUGUUACACGCUACCAGUAUCUACGAAUGGGGUGGCCAAGCUUUGAUCAAAUCCGGUGGAACCUUUCCCUAUAGAGGUAUGUGGAUGGGUGGUACUUAUGGGAUUGUUACAUCUGAUCCUGCUAAGAUUGAAUACAUUCUCAAAACAAAUUUCAAGAACUUCCCGAAAGGAAAAGCUUAUAGAGAAAGGUUUUACGAUUUUCUUGGAGACGGAAUCUUUAAUGCCGAUGAUGAGUUGUGGAGGCAGCAGCGUCGUGUGGCUAACUCGGAGAUGCAUUCGACUCGGUUCAUGCAGUUCUCGAUGGAUGCCAUUGAGAAGUUGGUGAAUGAGAAGUUGUUGAAGGUUUUAGAGGCUAAAAGAGGGUGUGCUAUCGAUUUGCAAGACGUGCUUCUUCGUUUUACUUUUGAUAAUACUUGUGCAGUGGCAUUUGGUGUCGAUUCCGGGUGCUUGGAAGUUGAAUUACCGGAAAUACCCUUUGCGAAAGCGUUCGAGCAAGUGACGUUUGCGAGUUUGAUGAGGUUCUUGACCCCUCCCUAUGUGUGGAAGCCGAUGAAGUUUUUCAGAUUAGGGUUUGAGAAAACACUGCAUGAAGCUGUCAAAAUUGUGCAUGAUUUUGCUGAGAAAACAGUAAGAGAAAGAAAGAUGGAAUUAUCAUCAUCAUCAAACAAGGAGGGUAUAAAUGGUAAUUCACGAUGCGAUCUUUUGUCAAGGCUUAUCAUCCUUGAAAAAGAUAAAAAAGAUCCAUUUUUUACUGAUAAAUUGCUUCAAGAUUUUUGCAUAAGCUUCAUCUUAGCAGGUAGAGACACCAGCUCAGUGGGGUUAGCAUGGUUUUUCUGGUUAAUUACCAAAAACCCAUCAGUAGAAACCAAGAUCCUCACGGAAGUCCGAGAGAUUUUUCGACAACGUGAAAACCCCACCAAAGAAAACCAAGAAAACAUCUCUUUCACACAAGAAGAACUCAAAAAAAUGGUGUAUCUACAAGCUGCAAUAUCAGAAUCUUUACGUCUAUACCCUCCUGUCUCAUUUGACCACAAAGAGCCACAAGUGGACGACAUUUUCCCUGAUGGGACCAUGGUCGAAAAGGGUUCACGAGUCGUCUACUGUAUGUACGGCAUGGCUCGGAUGGAGUCCAUUUGGGGAAAAGACUGUUUCGAGUUUAGACCCGAGAGGUGGAUCAAAGAUGGCGAAUUCGUGAGCGAAAACCAGUUUAAGUACACCGUGUUUAACGCAGGUCCAAGGUUAUGUGUAGGAAAGAAGUUUGCAUAUACGCAGAUGAAAUUGGUGGUAGCUUCGAUAUUAUGGAGGUAUAGAAUAAAAGUUGUGGAAGGUCACAAAGUGUGUCCAAAAAUAAACACAACACUUUAUAUGAAGUAUGGGUUAUUGGUCACAUUGGAGCCUAGGCCAAACAGUAUAGAUUGA